ACCCGCAACACUAACCCCGCAGCCCUGUCGAGUUUAGUGUCGCUUUUUGAAAAUGAGCUCUUAUGUUGAAAGCUCUACUCUCAGGCAAACAAACGAGACAACUUCUCCCAACAGCAUGUUUACUUUCGAUCUAUCUGGGCGCAGGUCCAGCCACUAUGAGGGUGUUAAUGUGAACGGGAUUUACUCCUGCCCCGUCCCCUCGACCUCUGUGGAGCGGGAGGAGAUGAAAACUAGCCUGCGUGGCAGCGCGGAUACUCAUCUCCCGCCGGGACCACAGAUAACCAUGAUGUCCGGCGGCUCGUCCGGGGACGCAGGCGGAAUGAACUACGGCUGCGGCGCGCUGGUGGGACGCGGGGCCGACAGAGACCCGGAAAGGAGCGCAAAAUAUGGCGGAAACAGGAGCCAGGAGAGCGACAAAAACGUAGAGAACGCGCAAACAGUGAGAAGAAACGCAAACCAGCGUCAGGACAGUGAGCAGCGGCCGCAAAUUUAUCCAUGGAUGACAAAGCUGCACAUGAGCCACGAAUCGGAGGGUAAGCGCUCCCGGACCAGUUACACCCGCUACCAGACUCUGGAGCUGGAGAAAGAGUUUCACUUCAACCGCUACCUGAGCCGCCGCAGGCGCGUAGAGAUCGCCAACACUCUGUGUCUAAACGAGAGGCAGAUCAAAAUCUGGUUCCAGAAUAGACGGAUGAAGUGGAAGAAGGACUCAAAGAUUAAAGUAAAGGAGUAAAAAAAAAAAAAAAAA